GUGCGCGCGCGCAUAUAUUAAUUAAUAUUGGCUAUUUUUGUUAUGUGUAACGUGUUGUGAAAACAUGAUAGGUAGAACGUUGUGUAGUGCGCUUUUGCUGGCGACGGUGUCGUACAGCGGCGCGGACCGCUGGAGCUGGCCGGACGCCGCCGCCGAAGAGAGCGUGCGCAUCGACAGCAAAGUGCGUUUUGUUGACGAGCCAGAGACACACAGGAACAGCAAAAGAGACAAUGUGCAAGCGGACGAAAUUCCGUUUCAAGAAGCCACCGACACGGAGGGCUUCUACAACAGGCCGCCGGGCUCGGGCCGCUACCCCGUCCUCGUCGAGCCGGAGAGAAGCGUCCGCAUUAAUGGGCAGAACGUGUACUUCCUCAACGGACAGAAUAGAAACCAAAGGUACUCCGACGGUACGCUGGACUCGCUGCAGCAUUGCAAGUGUGUUUCCAGACCAGACUGCAAGGUGCAGACAGAUUACAAGAGGGCGUGCGGAACGAACCAGUACCUUUGCUGUUUCAAUGUUCCCAACCGACAGAACUCCCAGCAAUCAGAAUAUUUCAAUGAAGUGGACGACGAGCGCCCCAUGCUUUACCCGAGCCAAGGAAGUUUAGCAGGACCUUUCCCGGCGCCGCAUGAAACCGAUGCUAGCGGUGUGUUUGGACCCGACCACGGGCCCAACAACGUAUUACUUGGCUCUUUCGAAGAUCGAAGGCCUCCUCAGAAUGUUCUCGUUGGACCCGAUGGACCCACUGGUAUCAUCGGACCAAUAAACAAACAAGUUCUAGUCGGUCCCGGGGGUCCAACUGGAGUAGUUGGCCCUGGCAGACCAGUUCUGGCCGGGCCUCAGGGUCCAACCGGUGUAAUUUGGCCCGGAAACGAAGAUCGUGAUCAUCGAAAUGGUCUUACAGGACCAAAUGGACCCAGUGGUGAUGCAGGGCUAAGUGAAACAGCUCAAAGAGGAGUAUUAGUUGGACCAGGCGGCCCAACGGGAAUAAUUGGCCCCGCGUAUAAUCGUCCGGUAUUAGUGGGACCGAGUGGACCCACUGGUGUAAUCGGACCGAGACGACAAGGCGUUUUAGUGGGACCGGGUGGCCCGACCGGUAUUAUUGGUCCAGGUGGAUUUAACCGUCAGUCCCAACGUGGAAUCUUAGUCGGCCCCGGCGGCCCGACUGGCAUUAUCGGUCCAGGCAGACGGGUCCUCGUGGGCCCAGGCGGCCCCACAGGUCAGAUUGGCCCGGGAAACUACUACGGUAAAUGAGUGAUGCGCUGUGAUAACUAAUAAACUAAUACGCGUAGGCACUCGGGGCGGGCGCACCGCACUCGCGUUUUCGCGUCGCCAAGUGCCCGCAGUGAUUUGUUUAAUGUAAAUAUUUAACGAGAUCUAACCUCAGCGUUCUGUGCUAACGCUGUAAUCGUAGCUUUAAGAUGUUUGUGUGCUAAUCCUGUGCAUA